AUGUCGAAAGCAGUGAGAAGAAAUGUUAAAAAGAUAGUAGAAAAGAUCAAUCACUCGUCUAAGUUACGUACAGAUAUUCCAGCACAAAUGGCAGUUGCUGCUCCACCGCUUGGACCACAAUUAGGUCAACGAGGUAUCAAUAUUGCUGCAUUUUGUAAGGAUUUUAAUGAGAAGACAAAGCAUAUAAAAGAAGGAACACCUUUGCCUUGUAGAGUAUGGGUGAAACCUGAUAGAACUUAUGAACUUGUGAUUCAUUCACCACCAGCGACAUUUUUAUUAAAACAAGCAGCUGGAAUUCAGAGAGGAACAAUGUAUCCAGGACGUGAGAUUGCAGGCAAAGUGACAUUAAAGCACAUCUUUGAAAUUGCAGCAAUUAAACUUCAGGAUCCACCAAAUGCAUUGCUGACAAUGCAAGACAUGUGCAACUUAUUAAUAGGUUCAGCCAGAUGUUGUGGAAUUGAAGUAGUAAAAGAUUUAGAUCCAGUUGAGUACGGGCAAUUUCUGGAAGAAAGAAAAUCCAUCGUUGAUCAGCAAAAGAAGGAGCUGGAAGAGAAAAAACAGGCAAAGAUGUUAAGAACAGGAUAA